AUGGCCACCGUCGUGAGCACGACGCUCUCUGCCAUCAACUCCACAGUCGCCAGUGGGUUGAACUCGACAACACCAGCCGACUACUUCUCCGUCUUCGAGGAGGUGUCCAAGAUCCAUGUCCAGCUUAGCGUAGUAGAGCGCCUCUGGGCCUCGUGGUAUCUGUACAUGCAAAAUGACACCCUCGCCACCGGCAUCAUGUCCUUCAUGAUGCACGAGAUCGUCUACUUCGGCCGCUGUCUGCCCUGGGUCAUAGUCGACGCCAUACCCGCCUUCAACAAGUACAAGAUCCAGAACCAAAAACUGCCGACAUGGAAGGAGCAGUUCGACUGCGCCGCCCUCGUCUUCCUCUCUCAUGUCACCGUCGAGCUCCCCCAGAUCUGGCUCUUCCACCCAAUUGCCACCUUCUUCGGCAUGGACUACGGCGUGCCCUUCCCCAGCGUCUUCAAGAUGGCCUACCAGAUCGCAAUCUUCUUCAUCAUGGAGGACGCAUGGCACUACUGGUUCCACCGUGCCCUGCACUACGGCCCGCUCUACAAGAACAUCCACAAGCUGCACCACACCUACUCCGCGCCCUUCGGCCUCGCCGCCGAGUACGCCUCCCCGAUCGAGGUCAUGCUCCUCGCCAUCGGUACCGUCGGUUCCCCCAUCCUGUGGGUCUCGCUCACCGGUGACCUCCACCUCUUCACCAUGUACGUGUGGAUCGUCCUGCGUCUGUUCCAGGCCAUCGACGCGCACUCGGGCUACGACUUCCCCUGGAGCCUGCGACACUUCCUGCCCGUCUGGGCCGGCGCCGACCAUCACGACAUGCACCACGAGAAGUUCAUUGGCAACUACGCCUCCAGCUUCCGCUGGUGGGACUACUGCCUGGACACCGAGGCCGGCGAGGCUGCGAGCAAGGCCCGCAGGGAGAAGAAGCUGGCUGCCAUCCGUGCCAGGAAGACGCAAUAA